AUGACUUCGGUAUUUUUGGGUGUUUAUAGAGCCCUAUUUGAUUACCAAGCUCAAAAUGACGAAGAACUAACUGUGCAUGAGAAUGAUCUACUAUACGUAUUGGAAAAGUCCGAAAUUGAUGACUGGUGGAAAGUUAAACAACGAGUUAUCGGAGUUAAUGUCGAGGAACCAAUAGGUCUGGUACCCAGUACUUAUAUUGAGCCUGCUACACCUAUCGGGUCAGCUGUUGCACUGUAUGAUUAUGACAGACAAACAGAAGAAGAAAUUACUUUCAAGGAGAAUGACACCUUUGACGUGUACGACACCGACGAUCAGGAGUGGAUCUUGGUUGGCCUGAACAAUAUCCAUUUUGGUUUCGUGCCUGCAAACUACAUACAAAUUUCUUUGGGUACGACGGCACCUGCUUCUAACAAUCCACCAAUACUUAGUCCCGCCAGCUUCCCUCCACCUCCUCAACGGAUCAACAACUCCUCUGUUCCCUCUCUCAAAGAUGCUGAACCAGCAAGAAAUCUAGAGGACGAUAAUGCUUAUGAAGAGGAGGAAGAUGUACCUCCACCAAUGCCAACGCGACCAACUGCCACUACAGCUACAUCUAAUAUCUCUGCUCCUCAGGACUCUGAAUCCGAAGAGGAACCUUCUAGUAGUAGCAGAAGGCCAAGUGGCCGUUCAAGGGCGGAUGAUGAUUUUGUAAAAGGAGACUAUUUCACUUGGGAUGUUCAGGAAAUUAAUGGCCGCAAAAAGAGGAAAGCUGUCCUGGGUAUCGGAAAUGGUAGUAUUUAUGUCCAAGCAGAGGGACAUUCUUCUAAGAAAUGGGAUAUCAGGAAUUUGACAAAUUUCAGUAACGAAAAAAAGCACGUCUUUUUUGACUUUACCAACCCCUCGGCAUCCUAUGAACUUCAUGCAGGCUCCAAGGACGCAGCAGAUGCCAUCCUGUCAAUUGUUGGUGAUUUGAAAGGUGCUUCUUCAAUGCGUGCUUUGAAAGAGGUGAAGGCUGCAUCUUCUGCCCCAAAAACCAAGACUGGUAAAGUCAGUUACAACUUCGAUGCUGAAAGUCCCGAUGAGUUGUCGAUUAGGGAGGGUGAUGUUGUCUACAUAUUGAACGAUAAAGAAUCCUCUGAGUGGUGGAUAGUUCAGGACGUUAAUACUAACAAGAAAGGUGUUGUUCCAGCUAGCUACAUAGAGUUGAUUAGCGGGGGUGGAUCUACUUUAGCCAGCAUUGGCUCUUCUAUUUCCAAAGGUUCUAAGAAAGCUUUUGGAUCCUCCAGAAAACGUAAGGAAAAAGAGCGUAAGCAUUUGGAAGAGCAACGUGCCGCUAAAAGAGAAACCGAAAGGGAACGUCAAAGACUUCGAUCCAAGGAAGAAAGGGAUAGGCUAAGAAAGUUAGAUGAAAAGGAAAGAAGGAAAAAGCAAAAAGCUACUCCACAGGAUGAAGACCAACCCGAGACUAGCAAACCUAAUCCUCAUAGAGUGCGUACCUGGAUUGACAGUUCAGGAUCCUUCAAAGUUGAAGCAGAGUAUUUGGGAGUUGUUGACGGUAAGAUUCAUCUGCAUAAAACAAACGGUGUAAAGAUUGCCGUAGCGGCUCCUAAGUUGUCACUAGAGGAUUUAGAGUAUGUGGAAAGAAUCACUGGAAUGUCGUUAGAAAAAUACAAGCCAAAGCCAAAAUCUAGUGGUUCCUAUUCCAGACCUUCCAAAAAGCCAUCCUCUAGAGAAUCUUCACCAAAGGAGUCCAGCCGCUCCGGAGUUAAACAAUCAGUUCCCAAGAUUGAUCCUCCCAAAGACCCAGAUUAUGAUUGGUUUCAAUUUUUCUUGGGUUGCGAUAUUGAUCCGAAUAAUUGUCAGCGAUACAGUGUGGUUUUCAUUAAUGAACAACUGGAUGAGAGUAGUUUGCAAGACCUCACUCCAUCCCUACUAAGAUCGCUAGGGUUAAGAGAAGGUGAUAUUUUGAGAGUUCAAAAAUUCUUGGAUAACAAGUUUGGUCGAACCAAAGCUCAAGAAUCUGCUACCAAUGGUGGUUUAUUUACCAAGAGUGAUGGUACAUUGAAGAACAAUAGGUCCACUGAUGUUCUAACAAGUACAGUUGUAACGCGAGAAACUUUAAGUCCUACUAAGGCCGAGGCUAAGAGCAAAAGAAUUGAUGACGAAGCAUGGGCUCUCAAACCCGCUGCCGAAUCUAGCUCUCAAAUGGAUCAAUUCUCCAGACCUGUCAGUGCAAUGAGCAAACAAUUGACUGGAUCCAUACAAGAUCUCGUCAACUUGAAACCUUUGGGGGACAAUGCAAACAACGCUUCGGUAGCCCACAAAGCUGAAACACCAAACACUACCCAGGACAAACCUUCUGCUCCUGUCUUGGAACCUGUGAAGACUGGAGCUGCAAGGGGACCUGUGCAAGCGCAACCAACAAGUGGUGGUUUCGUCACUGCACAACCUACUGGUGCUCUAGUUGCAAUGCCUACAGGUUUCAUGCCCAUUACGAUGGUGCCCGUAAAGACAGGAGGAACUAUAGCUCUUCAACCCACUGGUGGAUUCGUUUCGUUGCAAAGAACUGGUGGGGUACUUCCGCAGGUUACAGGGGGACUUGUUCCCGUUCAGACUGGUGGGUUAGUAAUGCCUCAGACCUCAUUUGGUGUAACUCCAACUUUGCAGCCAACAGGAGGGAUUCUACCUGCUCAGAGGACAGGUGGAUUGGUUCCUGUUCAAAGGACGGGGGGGCUAAUUCCCGUCCAACAAACUGGAAGAUUAGUUCCUGUUCAACAAACUGGAGGAUUGAUUCCUGUUCAAAGGACUGGAGGAUUAGUUCCCGUUCAGAGAACUGGAAACUUACAACCUGUACCUACAACCUCUUUUGGAAGUCAACCAACAGGAACUUUUGUGCCUCAAUCUUCCUUUGGUAAUCAGUUGGCCACCAAUUUGAAUAACCCGCAAACCACAUUCGGCUCUCAACCAACAGGAGGUUUCCCUCAGACAUCAUUUGCACAAAAUCAGUUUAGACAAUCGACAGGAGGUUUCCAGCAGACCCCAAUUGUGCAACAAACAGGGGGAUUCCCCCAAUACUCCGCUGGACAACAGACGGUAGGAUUCCCUCAGAACUCUUUUGGACAGCAGACAGGAGGAAUUGCCCAAAACUCAUUUGGACAACAGACAGGAGGUUAUCAAACAGGUUUUCAAGGAAAUGGAUCGAUUCCAAUGCCCCAGUCCUCAUUCGGUGCUUCAAAUCUGGGAUUCAAUGGUGCUACGCAGCAGAACUACAACAUUGGCAUGGGCCAAUCUUUGCCAGCAGCUUCUAUCCCUCCCCUUCAACCCUCUUACACCUCAUCACUCAAUGGAAUGUCAAACAUGCUUCAGAACGUAAGCAUCUCUCAGCAGCCACAACAAGCCCAGCCAAUGACGACUUUUGGAGCACCUGUGGCCCAGCCUCCGUUACAGGCUCAACCAACUGGCUUUGGUUUUGGUAACUCGCCCUAUGGAGGUCAGAACCCACUCCAAUCUCAGCCAACAGGUAAAAGAGCCAACUUAUCAGCAGCUACCGCAGACAACCCAUUCGGCUUCUAG